AUUUGUGGGACUACUUCCGCGGCAGCACACCGGGCGCUACUUUCCAGCUCUUCUCUGUGUUGUUGUAUACGCCAUAUUGAUCGAUUGGGUUGAACGUACGUUCUGCCUGAGACAAAUAUUUGACAGAAAAGUCGGUCUGUAGUGCCGAUUGGUUGACGGAUUGGGUGAAACCUUCCGUGCAACCAUGAGCUACAUGCAGCAGCCGCAGUCGCGGCAAAUGUCGCAGGGCCACUAUCAAGGGGGUCCUGGUGAUUUGCCUGUCAGCUCUGUGAAAGAGCAGACCAUGAUGUGGCAGCAAAAUAAUUACAUGGGCGACUCAGGAAUACAUUCUGGUGUAACUACCCAAGCCCCCUCUCUUACUGGCAAGGAAGAUGACAUGGAGGGUGAUCAGCUCAUGUUUGAUCUUGAUCAAGGAUUUCCUCAAGGGUUUACUCAAGAGCAGGUUGAUGAGAUGAAUCACCAGUUGAGCCAGACUCGCUCACACAGGGUUCGAGCUGCAAUGUUCCCUGAAACUUUGGAAGAGGGUAUUGAAAUCCCGUCAACUCAGUUUGACCAGGCUCAGCCAACAGCUGUACAACGUCUUUCUGAGCCCAGUCAGAUGUUGAAACAUGCUGUGGUUAAUCUUAUUAACUAUCAGGAUGAUGCGGACCUUGCAACUCGGGCUAUCCCAGAGUUAAUCAAGUUGCUUAAUGAUGAGGAUCAAGUUGUUGUGUCCCAAGCUGCUAUGAUGGUGCAUCAGCUUUCUAAGAAAGAGGCCUCUCGUCACGCUCUCAUGAACAGUCCUCAAAUGGUGCAAGCCUUGGUUCGAGCUAUCUCCAACAGCAAUGAUUUGGAGAGCACUAAAGCUGCUGUUGGAACUCUACACAAUCUAUCGCACCAUCGCCAGGGGUUGUUGGCUAUUUUCAAGAGUGGAGGCAUCCCUGCUCUUGUGAAGCUUUUAAGCUCUCCAGUGGAAUCUGUGCUCUUUUAUGCCAUCACUACUUUACACAAUCUGCUGUUGCAUCAAGAAGGCUCGAAAAUGGCUGUCCGUUUAGCUGGUGGUCUCCAGAAGAUGGUUGCUCUCCUUCAGCGUAACAACGUUAAAUUCUUGGCCAUUGUGACAGAUUGUCUGCAGAUUCUGGCUUAUGGCAAUCAAGAAUCAAAACUUAUUGUCCUUGCCAGUCAAGGGCCUGUUGAACUUGUUCGUAUCAUGCGAUCAUAUGAUUAUGAAAAGCUUUUGUGGACUACUUCACGAGUGUUAAAAGUUCUCUCUGUAUGCUCGAGCAACAAACCUGCUAUUGUGGAGGCAGGGGGUAUGCAAGCUUUGGCCAUGCAUCUUGGUCACUCAAGCCAGCGAUUGGUUCAGAAUUGCCUGUGGACUCUCCGUAACUUGUCCGAUGCAGGAACUAAAGUUGAUGGACUUGAAAAUCUCUUGCAAAGUCUGGUAACUCUACUGGGAUCUUCUGAUGCCAAUGUGGUUACUUGUGCUGCUGGAAUCUUGUCUAAUUUGACAUGCAAUAAUCAACGAAACAAAGUGACAGUUUGUCAAGUUGGUGGAGUUGACGCACUUGUACGGACUAUUAUGUCUGCUGGAGACCGAGAAGAGAUUACAGAACCAGCUGUUUGUGCUCUCCGCCAUUUGACUUCACGUCAUGUUGAAUCUGAGAUGGCUCAAAAUGCAGUAAGGAUGAACUAUGGUAUUCAGGUGAUAGUAAAACUGUUACAUCCUCCUUCAAGAUGGCCUUUGGUGAAAGCCGUCAUUGGCCUCAUACGAAAUCUUGCAUUGUGUGCUGCCAAUCACACGCCAUUACGAGAACAUGGUGCUAUACACCACCUUGUGCGUCUUCUCAUGCGUGCUUUCCAAGAUACUCAGAGGAGAUCUUCUGUGGCAAGUAGCGGAAGUCAGCCGCCUGGUGCAUAUGCAGAAGGGGUCCGCAUGGAAGAAAUUGUAGAGGGCACAGUUGGUGCCCUGCACAUUUUAGCAAGGGAAUCACACAAUCGUACAGUCAUUCGCAACCAGAUGGUUGUACCAAUAUUUGUUCAGCUCCUCUUUAAUGAGAUUGAGAAUAUUCAAAGAGUUGCAGCUGGAGUUCUCUGUGAACUUGCAGCUGAUAAAGAAGGUGCAGAGUUGAUUGAACAGGAAGGUGCAACAUCUCCCCUUACUGAACUGCUUCACUCUCAAAAUGAAGGCGUUGCUACUUAUGCAGCUGCAGUCCUCUUCCGCAUGUCUGAAGACAAACCUCAGGAUUACAAGAAGCGUUUGUCCAUGGAACUGACAAAUUCUCUGUUCAGGGAGGACCAGAACAUGUGGAAUGGAGACUUGGGAAUGACCCCUGAGUUGCAGGACAUGCUUGGCCCUGAGCAGGUACAGAACUAUGAUGGUUUGUAUGGCCAAGGCCCUCCUAGUGUGCACAGCAGCCAUGGCGGUAGGCAGUACCAACAACCAGGGUAUGACGCGAUACCCAUAGAGUCGCUGCAAGGGCUUGACAUUGGCUCACAUCAUGGAGCAGGAGGAAGUGGUUCGACCUAUGGACCUAUGGAUGAUGCUAUGGAUGUGGGACAGAACUCUGCUGACCUUGACUUUGAUCAUCUGGAUGAACUUCCCCAGCCUCCUCAAGAUAACAACCAGGUGGCUGCAUGGUAUGACACAGACUUGUAAAGCACAAUGCUUUUACAUGCUCUGAGCCCAUCGCUACUACUCUUCAAUUUAAGUUUCUUGGAGAACAAACCUCUAAGUUACUACUGUUAGACUAAUUUAAUUGUAAAACCCCUUGAUUUUACUUGGAUGUUCCAUCAUAUUGUACUUGGCCCACUGAUUUAAGGCUCCUUCCUACUCUCAUUGAUGUCAGUGAUUGCCAUAUCCCAUUUUUCUUCAUUUUAAUUUCAAGCAUAUUGUCAAUCUCACACAUUUUCAUCCUCUUAUUUCCUUUUAGCAAUUUCCAUUCCUUAUCCAUAUGGAUCAUUAGAAUUUUCAUAAAUAUUUCCAUGAUACUUUUAAUGUGUCAUUAUGAAAGACAAAUUAGUGAAUACAUUAUACUGAUACAUUAUACUGAUAAUUUAAAUGUGUAUGAGUGGUUCCGAUUCCAUGUGAUUCAUGGUGUGAGUGCAUUUUAACAUCAUUUUUUGUUUUUUGAUGUUUGUAUUUUAUUUUGUUUUUCGGUUUCCACCAUCCUGAACAGCUACUGAAACCAGACUUCUUUGAUUUUAAUGUUGUUAAUUUUUAAACCAGACAAAAUAUUUUCUUUUAGCCUUGUUAUUGUUGUUUUCACCCUGUAGAUGUGGGCAUGGAUCUUCCAAAUGUGUUAACACCAUCAAAAACCAAUUUGUGUUCUGCCAUGUUUAAUUUAGCACAAUGUUUGUGCAUUUGUAGUUUAUUUAUUGAUGGCAGUAUUAGUGGCCUUGCCCAAACCUCUUCAUUUUAUGAGUAUUGUGUUGUAGAUCAAUUUGUCAGUGUUGUAAGGAAGUUUUACUAAGCAUGAUAUUAGAGACAAAAUCAGUAUGUUUAUGCACAAGAAUAAUUAGUCUAAGUUGACAAUGGCAUAUUAAUUAUUAAAUGGUCAAGUGACUUCGUUUUUUGAGAAUUUAAGUGCAAUUUUUAAAAUGGUGACAUAUUAUUUGUAGCACUUUUGGUGUAACUGUAUUCUCAUUGUAAGAUGAAAAUGAAUUUUUUGGACACCUUAUGAAAUAUACAGUUCUUCUUUA